AUGAUACUGGUCACCGUCGUUGCGUCAAGGAGCCGAAUGUGCUUGUUUGACCUUGGUCUCAGCUUCUCCUACAGUUCCCCUCAGACUCUACUCGAGUUUGGACUCCAGAUUGCACUCUACGCAACGAGCAAACUCGCCAAACGCAAGUACAGAGUGGGGCACGACGUGGCCGCUGCCCUUGGCAGGAGUGCAUUCGCUGUUAUUGUUGUCUUGGAUGCAGCCGUGUCGAUUGCCCAGAAAGGAAAGCACGACCAUGCAACAAGACGUCUUCCUCUCCCCCUUCCAUUUUAA